CGGGUGCUGGGAUUAAAGGUGUGCGCCACCACCGCCCAUGACUGCCAGUUUUUAUCUGCUGGUGAGUGGCCCAGAGCAGAAUGUCUCCUGUCCCUGACUCUGACCUGUCCCCUCAGGACACCUUUGCACGGGCGAGGAACUGGGUGAAGGAGCUGCAGAGGCAGGCCAGCCCCAGCAUUGUCAUUGCGCUUGCGGGCAACAAGGCAGACCUGGCCAGCAAGAGAGCUGUGGAGUUUCAGGAAGCACAAGCCUAUGCAGAUGACAACAGUCUGCUGUUCAUGGAGACAUCAGCGAAGACUGCAAUGAACGUGAAUGAAAUUUUCAUGGCAAUAGCUAAGAAGCUUCCCAAGAACGAGCCCCAGAAUGUAGCUGGUGCUCCAGGCCGGAACAGAGGUGUGGAUCUGCAGGAGAGCAGCCCAGCCAGCCGGAGCCAGUGCUGCAGCACCUGAGCCCCCUGCCUGCCGCUGCCCCCACUCCUCCACCAGAAGGACCCGACUGGAAUCCACUCUAACCAACCGCACUUAACGACUCGGGCCACCACUGGGGGCAGGGGAGGGGUCCAUCAUGAAUUCUUCGCAUAACUUUGAUCCUAGGCCGGAGGGAGUUAUCCACCUGCACCUUUCUGUACAAAUACUAAUUCAAUUUUAAGUCUUAAGUCACUUUUUUAAUAUAUUUGAUCUUCUGCUCUUCCCAGUCCCUUUCUACCGCUCUCCCACUUGCCCGUUCCUGGUAGUAGCCACACUCUGUGCCCUGGCCUGUGGGGACAGGGUUGGAGCAGUUACCCUUUCUUUCCCUCCUGCUGGAGAGCAGACUCGGCAAGAGCGCCCACAUCUUACCUUGCUGGGAGUAGUCUUGGUCCCAGGGCGGUGGGCAGGCCCUGGGCUGGGGAAGGGACAGGCAGCUCUUCCUCAGCUGGCUGUCAUCAGGCUGCUGCCCCUGCCCCUCUGACUCCCAGCUGGGAGAGAAACCGCAGCAUUACUUAAGCAUCAUUUGUGACAGCCACACACCCAUGGCCCAGGACCUCGCCACCCUCGGUCACUCUGACCUCUGGCUCUGAGCCCUGUUCUGACCAAAUCACGAUGAUGAGUAUUUGGGGGUGGGUGGGUAAGGGGGGGAGUGGGAGGGGAUGGAACCAACUUUUUCUGUAUUUUGUAUUGUAUGUUUUCUUCAACAUGUAACCAAUCAGUAUCUUGUCAAUAUAGUCAGCCGAUCGAUCGACCUCACACUUGUCUUCCUCGUCUUUCUCUGGCAGUUUGUCUGGCCAUGCACAUCCUCUCUAUUUUACCCUAAGCUAAUAUAAAAGAAUCAUCCAGUCUGA